AUGGCGAACGACGAAUAUGAUUUUCUCUUCAAAGUUGUCCUUAUUGGAGACUCCGGUGUCGGAAAGUCGAACCUGUUGAGUCGUUUCACUCGAAAUGAGUUCAACCUUGACUCGAAGUCUACGAUCGGCGUCGAGUUUGCGACCCGAUCCAUCCAGGUCGACUCCAAGACCAUCAAGGCUCAAAUCUGGGAUACUGCCGGUCAGGAGCGAUACCGUGCCAUUACAUCUGCCUACUACCGCGGUGCGGUCGGUGCGUUGCUCGUUUACGACAUCAGCAAGCACCAGACCUACGAGAAUGUCAACCGGUGGCUGAAAGAGCUCCGUGACCAUGCCGAUUCCAACAUUGUUAUCAUGCUCGUUGGAAACAAGAGUGAUUUGAGACACUUGCGUGCCGUGCCGACAGAAGACGCCAAGCAGUUUGCAAGCGAGAACAACCUGUCUUUCAUCGAAACCUCUGCCCUCGAUGCCAGCAACGUGGAGCUUGCUUUCCAGAACAUUCUCACAGAAAUCUACCGCAUCGUUUCCAGCAAGGCCCUGGAUCAUGGCGAGCCGGGACAGAACCCACUUGGCGAGCGUCGCCAGGUGAUAGAGAUCGACAAGUCGCAGGAUCCGGAGACGAAGCAGGGAUGCUGUUAA